AUGAAAUUGAUCCUAAAUCAUUUAGGAUGCUACUCGCUUGCAUGCCCUAAUGGACCAUCAGGCCCACCCGGUCGUUCGGGAGCAGAUGGUUAUCCCGGUGAGUCAGGAAAACAAGGUCGCCCUGGUGUUGAUGGCUAUGACGUACAGUUGGAACCGGAGCCAGAUCUUCCAUGUGUUGUUUGCCCUGCUGGACCACGAGGGCAACGUGGAUCACAAGGUGAACGUGGACGAAUUGGUGAGCCGGGACCGAAAGGCGAAAGUGGUAGACAUGGGAAUCCUGGCGCUCAAGGAGUAAUUGGUCGACCAGGAAAAGAAGGACCGCGUGGAAAAAGAGGACCUGAAGGUCCCCAAGGCCCCCCGGGCGAAACAGCUGUAGCAGGCACCGGAAUUAAAGGUCCGAAAGGGCCACCAGGUCCAAUGGGCCCGAAAGGUCCAACAGGUCCACGAGGGAAACCAUCAAAAUUGCCGGGUAGGCCGGGAAAUCCGGGCAGCGCUGGUCCGAUCGGUCCACAAGGAGCGUCGGGACACAAAGGAGACGAAGGACCAUGGGGUCCACCUGGCGAGUCCGGCAUGCCAGCGGAAUACUGUCCAUCGGACUGCGGUGUCUCGAAGAUCUACGCGCCAUCAGCGUUUCCCAAUUACGCUGCACCGAACCUAGGAGCCGAUCAGGAUGAUACAUCACUACUCAACAACAAUCUCGGUCGGCCAAUGUAUGCGGCAGAUGUCUGCCUUCUCCCGCCCGCGGUAUUCCGAACAGCCCCGUGA